AUGGAUGGAAAAUCAGUUGGCACAAUAUCAACACGGGAGACCUUGCGCUGGAAAGUCUACGUGGAUGGUGCGGCCAACCAAAGAGGAUCUGGAAUUGGGCUAGUUUUAAUAUCGCCUGAAGGCAUUACCAUUGAGAAAUCGCUAAGAUUCGAGUUCUCAGCUACGAACAACGAGGCUGAGUACGAAGCCUUACUUCAAGGGAUGAUGAUGGUUCAAAAAUUGGGUGGAAGGGCAAUGGAAGCGUUCUCGAACUCCAAAUUGGUCGUUGGCCAAGUGAUGGGUGAGUUAGAAGCUAGGGAUGCUGGAAUGCAGGAAUAUCUCGGCCGGGUCAAACGCCUACAGUCAGACUUUGAAUCCUUUAACCUAACGCAUGUUCCGAGAAGUGAGAACACACAUGCGGAUUCCCUAGCCACUCUAGCCACAUCCCCUGCACAUGACCUGCCCAGGACGAUCCUUGUUGAAGAUUUAUGCUAG